AUGCGUCUUUUGCUCGUCUCGCUGCCGUUUCUGCUGGGCUUCUGCCUUCUACAGGUCUAUCCGAAUGUGGUUAAGAUCGCCCAUCUGCAGCCCAAUGACCCCAACAUCAUGCACGAACCUCAUGUGCUCAAGAUGUGUGCGGCUGAUCUCAAAGAACGAGCUAUCUUACCCAAGGACAUCAACUUUCAGUAGGCUUUAGAUUAUUUAUCUUCCUUUCAAAGCCUUACAACUUACACUGUUUUUUAUACUCUAGAAUCUACACCAUGGAAUCUUGUAAUCGAUUCUCCGGAGUGGAGCAUGCCGCGUAUCUUCAUUAUUUGAAGAAUGCCAGUGUUUACUUUGGUCCUGGUUGUAACAAUGGUGAGUUCAUUUACAUAGAUUGAUCGAGCGGGUUGCAGAGAUGUUGGUUAUUGCCCGUUUGGCGUCAAGGUGGAACGUGCCGAUUGUCGCUCACUUGUCUGGUGAUGACGCGCUUUCCGAUCGAUCAGUCUUCGAUACUCUCGGAUCCGUGGCCUUAACGUCGGCUACAGAAAUGGCUCGCGCAACUUUAACUUACCUUCAAUUGUAUGGGUGGAAACAAGUGGGUCUGGUCAAGGCUAGUGUGAACUUUGACCGCCUGAGUUUGCAUUCCUUGAAGAACCUGUUGAAAGACCAUGACAUCGAUGUGAAUAUUGAAAUCGAGCUGGAUCCUUUUAUGACUCCGGAUGAGAUAAUCGCUACGGGAAAACUGAAGCAGCUGAGAAAUAAGGCUAGGAGUAAGGAUGACGUCAUCCCAAGAAUAUUUCCAAACGAUUUUUAUAAAUAUUAUCCGAUUACGUAGAGGAAUUGCUCUUGUUGCGUCAUUUUACCGUGCCUUUUUUAGUCAUCAUCGUGGAAAUGGGGAUGGAUCUGCAUACAAGUCGCGCUUUCAUGGUUGCUGCUCAUCGAUCUGGAAUGAAGACAAACGAUUUUGUUUAUAUCAUACCUUGGCUUGCUCAUGUAAGUCUGAACGAAUUAUAAAAUCAAUCAAGUAUGCAUGAUACUCGAAUAACAUAAAUAUUUCGAAAAUAUUCCAGAUGCACGAUCAUUAUCCCUGGGAAGCGAAUAACAUUGACAAGAAUGAGGUCCGUCUGGCUUACGAUGAGACGAUUGUCAUCACGGCUCAUGGUUAUGACAAGAAAUUCAUUGAAGACUUUGAGCAUCGCUUCUCCCAACUGACAGGAAUCAUAAGCAGUCAUUAUGCCACUUUGUCAUAUCUCUCCUUAUACGACGCUCUCUUCUUGUACGGAUUGGCUGUUCGAGAUGCUUAUGAUGAGACUAAGAAUGCUUCCAUUUUCUUGGAUGGAGGUCUGAUCUGGAAGAAGAUGACGGUAAGGCAGUUUAUCGGAGUGUCGGGCCAAGUACUCAUGAACAACAAGGGAGUUCGAGUACCCAGUUAUGCCACUUAUUAUGUGGUCAACGGAACGAUGAGGAUUGUGGUCGAGUUGACAGCUCGGUUGAUGGACAAGGCCAAGUGCGCGAUAGCUGAGAAUGAUUGCUCGGAACACGUCGCCCACGAAGUGAUGCCUCAUUAUUGGAGUUCUUAUGAUGGAGUGAUGCCCCCGGAGAUGCCGAAAUGUGGAUUCGAUGGAGGACUUUGUGAUUACACACCUUUCUUUGCGGGUGCUGGUGCUGUGAUUUUCUUGGCUGUGGCAAUUCCAUUGGGUUAUUUCAUCUACAUUAAAGAGUAAGUGGUGAUGAUUCGAUUUAUAAAGUUUAUAGGAAAGAACGGAUGUUAUACGACAUGACAUGGAGGAUUCCCAGAGAACAAGUCCGUCUUCUGGAACAUGGAACCAACUCGAGAAGUGAGAGUUCCAUCGGGAAAUCGGUGACCAGCGGCUCUGUCAGCGGGUCCAUAGGAUCUAAAGCGAACAGCAGGCUAAGUGCUAAACAGGCUGUUGCCAACGGAGUGAAAUGCGCUUUCAAACGAUAUCAGCAGACCAGAAACAUCACCUUCCCCAAAUCUGAUUUGUCUCGACUUAAGGAGGCAAGUUUACUGGAUCGUAAUAAGUUCAUAUAAGGAUGGUGACAUACAAAUCAAAUCGGGUUUCGUGGCCAGAAUCUGAGCAGAGAAAAAAGAAAAAAAUCUUCACGGGGAGAGAGCAGAAAUUUGCGCAAUAUUACGCAAUGGUACGCAAUUUGAGACAAGAAUUGCGCAUUUCUUGUCUAGAAGCCUAACAGACAAGAAAUGGCGGUUUCUGGCCACGAAACCCGAUUUGAUUUGUAUGUCACCAUCCUUAUAUGUAUAUUGUUUAGUUGAAAUUAAUCGAAAAUGAGAAUCUGAACAAAUUCUACGGUAUCUGCUUCAACCAACAGAAUGAGUUUGUGGUCUUAUGGGUGCUCUGCCAACGCGGGAGUUUGGAGGUAACAUCUUGCAAAGGGUUUGUAUUAUUUUAGGACGUCCUUUUCAAUGAGGAGCUCAAAAUCAGCCGAAAUUUCCAAGUUUCAUUUGCCAAGGAUGUUGUCAAGGUAACCGCCAUUUGAGCAAUACUGUAAUAACACCACCAUAAUCUGCAGGGACUUUACUUUAUCCACACUUCUCUUAUCAAAUACCACGGUUUCCUGUGUCUCCAAAACUGUCUUGUGGACUCUAAUUGGAAUGUAAAGCUUACAAACUUUGUGACUGAAGAAGUAGUGGCAGACAAAUUGAGACAUAACGAGCUCAGAUAUCAUACUGUAAAACCGCCCACCUCCAAAAAGAAGAAGGGCAAGAAGGAAAAGGAAGUGGUGGAGAAAGGCAGCGAUGAAAGCGAUAAUGAGGUCUCGGAUGAGAGCGAUAAUGUUCUUGAACAACAACAGAGAAGUAUGCUCGAGAAAAGCGACAAAAACGCUACCAAAAGUAAGACGAACACGUCUAUUUUUCGCAGAAAAACAAUUAGAAACAAGAAAAAUGAAUUGUAAAAUAAUUUAUGUCAUCUGCCCAUACUUAAUGUAAAUGUUUCAGAAUACAUCCAGCAAGCUCCUGAGAUCAUUCGUGAGCUCAUCACCACCAAAUAUCUUCCACAAGGAUCUCAAUCAGCUGAUAUGUACAGUUUGGGAAUGGUCUUAUACCAAGUUCUCUUCAAAGCUGAGCCUUUCCAUGAAAGAAACAUCUCCCCUAACAGUAAGUCGACAUAUCAGUCUGUCGGAAAAAUAACGGCGGAUCGUCGCGCCUCGGAAUCGCCCAUCAUCGCUUUGCGACUGCAAGCCGCGGCUGGGGAUUUGGUGCGCGACAGCGGCGAGACGAGUCAUUUUGCUGCGACGAUCCGCCGUUAUUUUUCCGACAGACUGAUAAAAAAUGAAACUUUCCUUUUGAUUCCAUUGGUGUAAUGUGUCGAUUGAUGUGUUUUAGAAUUGAUGGAAAUGAUCUCCAUGGCCAAUGAUGAUGAUCAAAUUGUCCGUCCAUCCUUCCCCAAUCAACAGAAUAUGAAUUCUGAAGAGGCUUAUAACCUACAACUUCUCUCAGCCAUUGAAGCCUGCUGGUUGGAGAUCCCAGAGAUGAGACCAAAUAUAAAAAGAAUGAAGAGUAUGGUGAACAGUAACCUCAAAUCAACUGCUUCCGGUACUCUGGUUGAUCAGAUGAUGAAAAUGAUGGAGGAUGUAAGUAAUGGGAGAACAGUUGUAUGAAUGUUUUACAGUACACAACUAACCUGGAGCAACUUGUAAAAGACAGAACGGCCAUGUUGGAGGAUGCACAACAACAAGCUGAUAGAUUAUUGAAAAAUAUGCUUCCUCCGUAAGAACUUUAUUUUCAGUCCUAAUUUCCUUUCAGUUCAAUUGCCGAGGAUCUCAAAGUGGGUAAACCAGUGAUCCCCCAACUCUACCAAAACGCCACUGUUUUGUUUUCGGAUAUUAGAGGAUUUACGAGGAUUUCAUCGACUUCCACACCUCUCCAGAUCGUCACGUUCCUCAAUGAUAUGUUCUCUGGAUUCGAUGCAAUCAUCGCAAAACAUGAUGCUUACAAAGUUGAGACUGUAAGUUAGACAAGGUUACGCAACUUAUGGCGCAAUGACUUGUUUUAGAUUGGAGAUGCUUAUAUGAUUGUGUCCGGAGUCCCCAAAGAGAAUGGAAAUGCCCACGUUUACCAUAUCUCUGAGAUUGCGCUGAAAAUGAGAACGGUAUGUAACUUUGUAUGUUUUUAUUUCUGUUAUAAAGCAGUUUUGUACACAGUUUACUGCAUUUUAUAGUUUGUAUCCAACUUCAAAUUGGCCCACAAGCCAGAGGAAGUGAUGAUGGUGAGAAUCGGAUUCCACAGUGGGUCUGUGGCUGCUGGAGUUGUUGGUUUGGCAGCUCCAAGGUACUGUUUAUUUGGAGAUACGGUGAAUAUGGCCAGCAGAAUGGAAUCGACUGGUUUGGCCAAUAAAAUUCAGGUAGGUUUCCGAUUAAUUUGAUUUUUAAUCAAACGGAUUUAGAUCAGUGAAGCCGCCUUCAAUCUCCUCCGUUGCUUCUAUCAGAACUAUCUUCUCGUGGAACGUGGCAAAGUUGAAGUCAAGGUGAGUUUCAGACGUCCUCGACCUUUUUUUAUCUUCUGUAAAGCUUCCAUUCGCUUUGCAGGGCAAAGGAGAAUGCACAACAUGGUUCCUGGAAGGAAAGAAGAAAUAA